AUGAGGUUGUCCUCUUGUAGAAAACUGAUCAAUUCGCAAACUCAUUCAUUAGCCACCCAGAUUUUAAGUUCUUCCUCUUGUGGUUAUGAUGUUAUUGUGGUUGGAGGAGGUCAUGCAGGAACAGAAGCUGCACACGCCGCUGCUCGUAUGGGGACAAAUACGCUUCUCAUUACUCACAAAAUAAACACUAUCGGAGCUAUGUCAUGCAACCCAUCUUUUGGUGGUAUUGGUAAAGGUCACCUGAUGAAAGAAAUUGAUGCUUUGGAUGGACUAUGUGGAAGGGCUUGUGAUGAAACUGGUGUCCAGUAUAGAAUGCUCAAUACCAAGAAAGGACCAGCUGUCUGGGGUCCUAGGGCUCAGAUAGAUCGUGCCUUAUACAAAUCAUUUAUUCAACAAGAACUUCUUAAUCUUCCCUUUCUGACAAUAAUGGAAUCUCCUGUAGAAGAUCUGCUAUUAAAGGAAGCCAUGAAGCCAGACCACAAAUUAAUGCAACAAGAAUGCUAUGGAGUGAUUCUUGGCAAUGGCCAGAAAAUAUUUGGGAAAUCUGUUGUUUUAACAACUGGUACUUUUCUUCAUGGUUGCAUUACAAUUGGUUUAAAAUCCCGUCCUGCUGGCAGAGUUGGAGAUGAACCGGCCAUUGGCCUUGCAAAGUCUUUAGAAAAUGCUGGAUUUAAAAUGGGGAGAUUAAAAACAGGAACACCACCCCGCUUAGAUGGAGGAACAAUUGAUUAUACUAAAAUGACUGUUCAGUUAGGAGAUAACCCUCCUAAACCAUUUUCAUUCCUUAAUAAAAACGUUUGGAUCAAGUCAGAAGAUCAGUUGCCAUGUCACAUCACAUACACAAAUGAGAAAGUUGCCAAAAUAGCCAUGGAUACUCUACACCUUAACAAGCAUGUCAGGGAAGAAAUAUCAGGUCCAAGGUAA